GGAGUAUGUUGGAGGGCGAUUGCCCUGGCUCCAUUACUGCUCUUCAAACCCUGCAAUUUCUUUGUACAACUGUGCAGCUAUAUUGGAACUUUCUCUUUUCUUGCAUGAGAACUAUGAGCUGUGAAAAAUGGAUGCAUGUAUGUGUGCAUACAUCCCUGCCGGUCCAUCUGUCUGUCUUCUCAAAGCUCCUAAUACAGUUCCUCUGCUGAUUUCCUCAUUGCGGAAGGCCUCAUUUCAAUUGAUCCAAUAGCAUGAGGAUAGCAUUGGCUCUAAGUACUCUUUAAACAAACUGCAUGAGGUGCAUUCAGAACAACCUGCAGACCGUCAUUGUGACUAGACGUUGUAUAUCUUCUCCUGUCUUUUCUUCUAUCCUGACUUGCUCUCUACCCUCAGUCGUAGUCUUCACGUCAUCUUCGAAGAGGAAACCUGGCUUCUACUUGAGAGACUGGAUUUUUGUUUGUAGAAACUCCUCUGGAUCUCUAGGAGAAGCUUUUCUGGAUCUGUUGCGGGGCCUCUGCGUUUCUUGCAUUCACUGGGGUUCUCUCACUCCGACAACCCACCACUGCUUCUCCUCUCUCUUCUCUUCUUCUCUUCCACCUUCUUUUGGUCCUCCUUGCCAUAAGUUCUCACGGGCUUUCAGUCUCCCUUUCAGAGUACUCAACAUCUUCAAGAGCUCGGUUUUUCUGUAUUUACCUUCCGUAGACGCGUGGAAACAUGGGUAGCUUUGAUGUUACUGGUAUGAGCAACGCGCUCGAGGAUGCUGCUCCCCCAGCCGCUGCUACCCAGCAGAGCUUAGUGAAUGCUGAUGCUGCUGCCGUUGCUCGUGAGAAGGGGUGGACUGCUCCCCAGCAGUACGAUUACUCCAAGUACAGCACCACCGUUCAACCGCUCGAGAAAGCUGCCGAGGGCGAUGACAUUGUUGACCUUCCAGAAUGGGCGGCCAAAGCUGCCAAGUACGAAUGGCGCGACGAAUUCGGUGAUAUCGGCCCUCCCAAUUCGGAGCUGGAAGAUAUGCUGUUCAGAAACGAUUGGAUUAACCGCACCGGAAUGAAACUGAACAAUUUGCAGAACAUUGAGGUCAUCGCAGAGAGUAGGGAGCGUCCUAGCCCUGUCAAAAGUUUCGAUGACGCUGGUCUGCAUCCCGUUAUGCGGGACAAUAUUCGUCUUUGCCGGUAUGAGGUGCCGACGCCUAUCCAGGCUUAUUCGAUCCCGGCCGUCUUGACUGGACAUGAUCUAAUUGCCAUAGCUCAGACUGGCUCUGGCAAAACCGCUGCUUUCUUGAUACCAGUCCUUUCUCAGCUCAUGGGAAAGGCCAAAAAGCUCGCUGCUCCACGCCCCAAUGUGAGCACGGGAUAUGAUCCUGCAGUAGAUGCUGUCCGUGCUGAGCCGCUGGUGCUUGUUGUUGCCCCUACCAGGGAGCUUUCGACUCAAAUAUUUGACGAAGCACGCCGCCUUUGCUAUCGUUCUAUGCUGCGUCCUUGCGUGGUUUAUGGUGGUACCCCUCUGCGUGACCAGCGUGAAGAGCUUCAGAAGGGAUGUGACAUUCUCAUUGGUACUCCCGGUCGUCUAUUGGAUUUUAUGGACAAGCCUCAUAUCCUAUCGCUUCGUCGGGUCAAGUACACCAUCAUUGACGAAGCGGACGAGCUUCUGCUCGCUGAUUGGGAGUCUGAAUUUACCAAAAUCAUGUCCGGCGGAGAUGUGAACGAGGACGCCGACCAUCGUUAUUUGAUGUUUUCGGCUACGUUCAACAGAAACUGCCGCGAACUUGCUCGUAAAUACCUUGCCAAUGACCACGUUCGUGUUCGUAUCGGACGUCCUGGCAGUACUCACAUAAAUGUCGACCAGAAUAUCGUCUAUGCGGAGCCCCAUUUGAAGAAGCAAUGUCUUUAUGACUUACUUCUUGCCAUGCCGCCAUCCAGGACCUUGAUCUUCGUCAAUUCAAAGACGCAGGCAGAUCUAUUGGACGAUUAUUUGUACAACAUGGGACUUCCGAGUACCUCCAUCCACUCGGAUCGCACCCAGCGCGAACGUGAAGAUGCUCUACGGGCCUUCCGGACAGCCAAGUGUCCGAUCCUCGUCGCUACCGGUGUCUCUGCUCGUGGGCUCGACAUCAAGAACGUCAUGCAUGUCAUUAAUUUCGAUUUGCCGAGUUACCGCCACGGCGGUAUCACUGAGUAUAUCCAUCGUAUUGGCCGCACCGCUAGAAUCGGGAACGAAGGUCUCGCUACUUCGUUCUACAAUGACAAAGAUUCUGACCUUGCACCAGAUCUCGUUAAGAUUCUGUUAGAGUCUAAACAGAGCAUCCCUGAUUUUCUCGAGUCGUACAAGCCCGAAGGUAGUGUUGUUACCUUUGAUGAAGACGACACUGACAAUGAGGGCGAUGCUAAUGACGAUGAUGCCAAUGCCAACGGUGGUGACGCUAGUGGAGAUGCCUGGGGAGCGCCUAAUGAUGGAGCGCAGGCGGAUUUUGAUUGGGAAUAAAGCAUCUGACCGCCCUUCAUGUGAGGUACCUAGGUAUGAACUUUGUCUUUCCCGUGGAGCUCUUCCUAAGGAUGUGGUUCAUUGGUUAGUUUUCGGGACGAGACUGCCUCAGUCUUCGGUAAUGUUUCCCUACUAUGUUGACGAAGAUGGUCAGUGGAAGGGAUGCCGGCAGGCUUUCUGCUCAAUGGGCUAGCCGGGUGUAUGAUGAAAUCUGUCAUUUCUUCCAGCUGAGGGUGAGAGGACGGAUCUUUCUAUUUGUUUGCGGGUCUUAUCUGGCCUGUUGUUGAAGCGGGAUAGCUAGCUAGCGUCUGUCCUCUUAUGGCUAUAUGAGGUCUCAAGCAAUGGAAGUGAAGUUAUUCUUCAUGUCCAAUAGCUAGGAUGAAGCUGUACUUGUCUCUGGAGAAGUUUUCUGUGCCUCUGCAUAUGCUCCCCUUUUGCUGGGAAGGAACUACGAUUACCUCGCAACUGCAGUCUAUGUUUGAAAUAAGAAUAACACCCUCACAUUCUCAAGGCAGAAACAGUACAUAAAGGAGAGAAAUGCACUUCAAAAUGAAGCCAGCUUUAUCCUCACCAGCAAUCGUAUGGGGAUACCUUGCACUUACUGGUAUCUCAACAUCCUUCCCUACCACUUCCAUCAACAGUUCCG